UUAUAAACAGACAGCAGCACGUAUCAACAAGUUGAUCGAAUCAGUAUCUAAAAAACCUCAUAACUUAUAAGUCAAAAUGGUCAAAGUUGUAAUUGCAUCGGCUUCCAGCGCGCUGGCAAGAGAAGUCAUCGAUGCGCUGGUGGCUAGUAAAAAGCAUGAUAUAAUUGCGCUGGUCCGAAAGGAUCCUGCCCAAUUUCCUGCCCUUCCCGGCGUCGAGUGGGUGAAGACAGCUUACGACGACAAGUCGGAAUUAGUUCGCUUGUUUAAGGGCGUCGAAGCUGUCAUCUGCUUCUUAGCUGUUCACCUUGACAAAGAUAAUGCUACUCAGAAACUACUCAUCGACGCUUCUAUUGAGGCUGGUGUUAGGCGGUACGCUCCGUCGGAAUGGGCAACGGGUAUUAAAUUAGAGUCUUCACUCGAUGCUAUUUCGUGGUAUGCCGGCAAGAUCGAGAUCAGCCGUUAUUUGGAGAAGCUCAACGAGAAAAAGAAGGUCAUUGAAUACACCCGAUUCCAAGUUGGCACGUUUACGAACUACCUCGGCCAUCCGCAUAAAACAGCCAACCACGUUCAUACGCUUCCAUUCCUAUUCGACUUUGAGAGUCAGCACGCCGUAGCGAUCGAAGGAUCACUCGACGAUGUCAUAGUAUGGACCACGGUCCAAGAUAUCGCAGGCGUAGUUGCUCGAGCCGUAGAGUAUGAGGGUGAAUGGCCAACCAUCGGCGGUAUCAGUGGAACCAAGGCUACUAUCGGCGAGUUACUACGACUCGCUGAGACUAUUGGGAGGCCGUUGAAGGUAGAUUGGCUCAAAAAGGAAGAUCUUGAAGCCGAAAUAAGAAACACCGGUGACAUUCUUGUUCCGGAUCUUCGAACCGCCACGCCUGAGCAGAUUGGCGCAUUCUUUCAAGCAGUGCCCGCGAGAAUCUUGACUGCCAUCAGCCGCGGUGCUUACGAUGUUACAGAUGAAUGGAACAAGUUGUUGCCGGACUAUAAGUUUACUCAACUCGAGGAUUUCCUCAAGAGUGUAUGGGGUGGUAAAUAAGGACUUGCUUGAAGUAAGCAUAUGUCCCCCGUGAAGGGCACAACAUGUUCAUGUCGUUGUUGGAAUUUAGCAAAUCACAAUCUUUUUUGGAGCAAUUUAAUGGGUGCACGUCGCUAGAGUUACUUCGUGAGUACGUAAAGGGAGACUUAGUGUCAAUAUCGCCCAGUCAAGGAUUCAGGGGUCAAUAGAUCAUACAACUUUUUUAAGCGACGUUUUCUAUUAAUAAUGAUAAAUCCUCUUUUCGUUUCUCUCUAUGCUUAUUAGUAAUACUUUCUCGAAGGUGAUUAGGAGGUAAGGGCAUUGCAAACGAGUAAUUAGCAAGUGUCAGAGAGAACCCUUGAUGAAUGUCACACGUAGAGUGAAUGUUAGAAGCAGCAGCUUCGCUGCUGUAUAGUAGCCGUAUAGUGGUAUGAAUCUA